AUGGGUGGAACGAUUCUCCGUGUGACAAUGUUCAAGAUACCUGAGAAGGAAAAUCAGCUCAAACUUGCCGAGAAUUACAAGAGGCUAUCUACAGAAGCUUUAAAGGAUGGCAAACCAUACAUUCUUUCUCUCCAAGCGGGUCCGACUAUCGAAGAUCCACGCUCAAAUGGUUUCACCUUUGUGGCAAAGACGGAAUUUGCAAGCCUUGAAGAUAUGAAAUACUAUGACGAUGAGGAUCAGGUUCACCUGUCUCUCAAGAAGACUGCGUUGCAGUUAAACAUUCAGGAAAUUGUCAUUCUUUAUGCCGAGCCAUUGGUUACACUCUAG